AAAGGCGUAUGCAUUGCUGGAGGAGGACUAGGGAGUUACCUCGAGAAGGCCGUUUGUCUGAUGUGAUUCUGUAAUGCCUUCAGCGCCCAUUCGCGACGCUGGCUGACAGGGAGCUCGGAGAGAGUGAGGGUUCUGCUUUGAAGGGUGCGCUCGCUCAUCUCUGCUGUCCACCGCAUCGCCUCAGUUCUGGCUGGGCGCCGCGGCAGGCAGCAGUGGUAGUCUCUCUUCUCCCCAUAUCCUGCAUCCCAAUGCCGGCCGCCUCGAGUAAAAGCGUUCCCCAGCAGCAACAGCGAGCGGGCUGUUCAGCCAUGGCCGCCGGCGACUAUUCCAUCAAUCUGACGGUGCAGCAAGUCUUGAGCCUGUGGGCACACGGCACCCUGCGGCAUUUUACAGAAAUGUGGUACUGGGUUUUCCUCUGGGCUCUCUUCUCCUCUCUCUUUCUGCAUGGUGCGGUGGGACUGCUAAUGUUUGUGAUGCUCCAAAGGCACAAGCAAGGGAGAGUAAUAUCAGUGAUAGCCAUUGUCGUGGGAUUCCUGGCAUCCAUAACUGGAGGAAUGAUCACCAGUGCAGCAGUGGCUGGUGUAUACAGGGUAGCAGGGAAAACUAUGGCUCCACUUGAGGCUUUGGUAUUUGGUGCUGGACAGACAGUUCUCACAGUUGUCAUCUCAUUCUCGAGGAUUCUAGCCACCCUAUAAGGGCAGGUUUCAUUUAAGCUAAGCGGUACUGUUGGAGCUCUCUAUAUGGGGGAUGUUUGAGGGAAAAACCACCCGAAGACACCAGAAUUGAAUGCCAACCUGCAAGGUCAGCAAGUUGUAUGAAAUAUCCAACCUUUGUGAUCUCCAGGCCAGUAGGGGAAGACUGUUUGCUGUUUGGAUCUCUGCAGUAUGGCGCCUUAUGUGCUUUUUUUCCAGAAACAAGGACAUGAAAGUGACUGAGGGAUCAGUGAAAGCUCACGAGCAAAACAUUUUAUACAGUCACCAUUAAUUAUUAAUGGUGGCAGAUGCACACAACUGUAAAUGCACUCUAAUACAAACUGCAGGGAGAGUGUCAGUGUUACAUGUGCCAAACUUGGAAGUUUUUAAACAUUAUUUUGAAAAUGUGAACUGAUAUCCAGGUAAAAAGUGGGCUCUGGGGAGAUGUUUACUACUGUACAUAGGUAAGAUAUUUAUAAGAAUUGGACAUGGUGUUCUUGUUCAUCCUCUCUCCCACAGACCUGAGGAUAUUGUGUUUGUAUUUGUAUUGUAACGAUAGAAAAGCCCCAUCAGGUGACUAGGUUUAAAUAGCACCAUUAGUGACAAGCAUUAGUGCAUUACCAUUUUAACCUUUUUGUAAUGACCAAUCUUGUUUUUGUUCAUCACUGCGGCUUCCUUAAACAGUGCAGACUAUUCAGCUAUACUUUAUGGGAAAUAAUCACUAUACCAGUAAACAAAUCACUUGACUGAUUCUUACUAUUGCUUCUUGAGCAUGUCACCUUUUUUAGCCAAUACGAUUGUGCACAAGCUAGCUUUUAGCAGCGUGCAUGCCAGCAGCAAAAAAAGACACAAACCACUUAUUUACUCAGUUUACACUUCUUAAUAUACACGGGAAAAUAUGGUUGAGUAUUUCUGAAUGAUGCUGUGAAAUUCGUACAUUUCUAUCAAUACCUACACCACCCAAGCCCUCACCAACUUCCUCACCCUUUUGCUUUGUGGAGUUUUUUUUCCUGUGGUUCAAAUGGCUGCACAGUGGUUUACAGGGUCUGCUUUCUAGGCAGAUCUGAGUUGCUGUGCAGUAGUUUACAGGGCUUGCCUUCCCAACAGAUUCAGUUUUUGAUUUGCAUGCACCACAAACUGCUCUCACCUGUUUAUAGCGAAAUACUGGCUCUUAAUUAUGAAGUGGAAGUUGAAUACCUUGGUAUACUUGAAGCAUGUCUGUUGUAUGCAACCUUUUUGGUUUUACAUUACUGUAGUAAAUUAUGUGGCUGGAAAUGCUCUGACACUGCUGUAACAGAGGUAGUUUUAGAGGUGAUAAAAUGCUGUUAUGUUUGAUUGUAUGAGAUGGGCGUUACUGCAUAUUGAAUGCAUUGAACAUUUUGAUUUAUUUGUAACAUUGAAACUGGGACUGUAACCAAAGAUUUGUAAACCAGGUAUUGGGGUCUUGCCCAUUCUGCUGCUAAUUUGUCACUGUCUUUUUGUUUAACUUGAGUAAAUUUCUUUUUGUAAAUCAUUUUUAAACUUUGGUUAUCAACUUGAACAUUACAUUGGAGACUGUGUGUGUGGUUCUGGAAACAUUAGGAUCCAAAUGUUCAGUUCCAGACCUAGUUUUAAUUUUGUUUUGUUAACUAAAUAUAUUCAUGGUCAUGAAGACUUCAGGCUUGGUUCAUUUUAAUAUUUUUUUUAAAAAAAAAUUCAUGUGUCCCUGAUGUAAGCUUUCCAGUUUCAAAAGGCCUCCAAAGGGGCUCAGUGUUGAUUGCAAUUUGAAGAAAUGUGCUCAAUAGGAAACUUAAAUUUUAUCUGACAAUUUAUGAUAACCUUGUGGCUAUCCCUUUUAUUAAUCUUGUUUUACAGCUACAGAGACAGCAGACCUCACCCAUAUGUAUCUGAUGUAUGUAAACUAUUCUAAACUACUAACUAGUUUAUUAGAAAAAUAAUUUUUUUUCGACAAGCCAUCCUCCACACACCAUUCAGUAAACAAUAGCUUGCCAUUUUUAAAAAAUAGUAUUAGUGUCGCGUCAAAAACAUUAUUUUAGUAUAUACGUGGGAUGGAUGUAAUGCAUUUGUUUUGUUAGCAUGGAACAUUUUGUAGCUGUCUCCUUUGGACCCACUCAGUAAACAAAACGUUCCUUCAUUGUAUCUUGAAAUGGCAACUAUAAACAAAAUAUCAGUAGAGGACUGAGGAACAAAGGAACAUCUGAAAGCCAGGCUGUAUUUGUAUUGUCUAAAUCUGUCAAAGGCCAUUUUCUUAAAUGCUUCUUUUAGUAAACUGCACAAGUUUAGAAAUCCUUUCAGGAGAAAGGACUGGGAUGAAAAAAAAUCAUUGUACCUGAUUGCAAAGUAGAGCCUAAAUCCAUUCAGUUGAUGAUGCCCAUAAUUUUGAUCUAAACAAUCAUGUUUCAGAAAAUUUUGCCUCAUUGUAAAUGUUCUGUUUGACUCAUUCUAUUAGGAAUGAAGUCCUACAGCUUGCCAAAAGCUGCAGACAGAUUGUCAAGUAGCUGAGCCUUUGAAAUUCCAUGUGUUCUCCUAAUCUCCUGCUACAGCUGUUAAAUCGUUAGAUAAAAUGAGACCCCUUUAGAGCCAUUUAAAAUUGUACCUUGUUCCAAGUUGCAACCAUCAGUGUAGUUUUGUUUUGGUUACCUGCUGGCUGUAAAGAGGUUUAAAUAGUUGUACCACCACCAUGGCAGAUGGUGGAAUUUAAAUUCAAUAAAUAUCAGCAAUUAAAUGCCUAAUGAUGACCAGGAGCACGCUGUCAAUUGUCAAGAAAACCCAUCUAGUUCACUAAUGUCCUUUUAGAGAAAGAAACUGCCAUCCUUUUCCUGGUCUGACCAAUAUGUGACUCCAGACCCAAAGUAAUGUGGAUGAGUGUUAAUUGCCUUCUGCCAAUGACCCCCGCAACUCAUGAAUGAAUUUUUUAAAAAAAAAUGAGCCAAAACUGAUAAUUUAGCCUUUGCUAACAUUUUAUUGAACUAUUUGAAUGAUUAGUGGAUAUAACAAAAGAAUGUUAGUUUAUGGGGUGACCAAUACUGUGCACUCUAACUACUGCCUAUUUAGCAUUGUCUCUCAUUCCUUUUGUCUCACGCAUGACAUUAUUUUUCUGACAAUGCUAGGAAUACCCCAGUUGUGUCUGCUGAUAUUCUGGCGUGAAGUUCUACAGAUCAAUGUCAAUGCCUCAGACUCUCCAUUAACAUCUCCAUUAUAAACUUUCUUAUGAAUAUUUUACCUUUUUAUUGAUUCAAAAAUUAAUCUCUCUGAAGAAAAACCUAACCUAUAUUUUUAUACUUCAUUAAAGAUCAGUAUUUAUUAUUGUAGUUCUAAGUAAAUGCCAGGAUUUAUUUUUUGUCUUGCUUUUCCUGGCAUUGUGUUCUUUAGUUGCUAGGUAGCAAGGUACAGUCCAGUAAACUUACUGUUUCUUUAAUUUUGAAACUACAAUAAAUCAGCUGUCUGCCACAGCCUUAAACUUUAUGUCCAACUGGUCUUUAUUCUUGUUACUAAUACCGAGAGUCUAUUACGUCCCCCUGGUGUGUUUCAAAUCUUAUCAGUUAUCCUUUACAGACUUGGUUAAAAAAGGCUGAGUUCAGUCAAAUUAGCUCUAAGCUGUCUUGUAUCUCUAAAAUGAUUUUUAAAAUGAGAAAUGCAUCUGUAUAUAUCAAACACCGUAUUCUAGGUUAAAAUGUAAAUUCACAUGCACACUGGAAGUUAUAGAAUUCUAUCAGUGAGAAUUACUGUUCUUGAGUACUGGGCACUAUAUUCUUUUUUUUUCCAUUGUAGUCUGCACAGUUUGGAAAACUGGUGAUCAGGAAUCCAUAACUAUAGUUUUCUUAAAACAAUAAUCCUAGUGCCACUAUGGUAGCUCAGUCUGUAAAAACACUGUGCUGUGUGUGUCUAAUCCAAGGAGAUCUGUGUCUUGGUUCAACUUUGAUUUUAUUUGAAGCACUUUAUUAUUGUUUGGUGUAAAAGAUGGGAGAUAUGUAAAUUAGUAUUACAUCUGCUGAAACGUGAUGGCCCAGAGUUCCAUCUCUAUUGAAUUGCUUGAGUAAUAUGAAUUUGAGUGAUCUUUGUUCGGAUCUUGCUGAUUAAGGAAAUUAAUGUCCCCAUAAAUCGGCAUUAGUCUGAAAAGACUCUACGUUAAGAUACUACAGUAUUAAAAUUUGGAUCAGCUUGACUUCUUGGAUACGUAUUGAUGGUAAUAUGGAUGCAGAUGUGUAUUUGACCUGUGCCCACUUGAUAUUGAAAAGCAUAUACUGCUGUAAAAGGUCUAGGUUUUUUCACUUACGGUAUGUCAUUUUAAAUGGAUUUAUACAUUUUGUUUUAGAUUUGGAAAUCUAGUCUAAAAUGUUUGUCUGUUUCUUUGGCU